UGUGAUCAGUCCGUCUCCUGGAGCGGCUGGUAUCGUCUCUUCAUUAACAGCACUAGCGCUCAUAUCCCAGACACGUGUGUUGCUAAGUUCAGCUGUGGCACUAAUGCCCCACUGUGGAUCCGUGGUGGACACCCAACAGUAACAGAUGGAGUCGUCACUCGAGAUGUCUGCGCUCACUGGGACAAUUUCUGCUGCUUUUACGGGUCUUAUCCCAUUAAAGUCAAAGCCUGUCCAGGAGAUUAUUAUGUCUAUGAGCUGGUCAGACCAACUUUCUGCAGUUUUGCAUACUGUGCAGACACUGGCAGCAUUAACACCAGCCCUACAACUGUCACACCAGUGACCAUCUCACCUGAAUCUUUGGACACUACAGUAUACAUACUAUAUGCUGUCGGUGGGCUGGUCAUAGCAGUGAUCAUAGUUGUAGUUGGAUGGAUCACUGUCCAUCAGUGCAUGAAAAAAGUCAAGACAUCAGCAAGUACAGGCAGUGUGACGCCUGUCAAAAAUCAAAAUAAAAGCAGAGAUGAACAGAAGAGUAAUGCCAACGAUUUUGGAGACAGUGUGUACGAGACUGUUGACAUUCCUAACACAGACAAGAGAACUCAGAUGAAACCUAUCAACAGACCUGAAGUCCCAAAGAGCCAAGUACAUACAGUCUAUGGGAAUGUACAGCCCAGUGUGGGCCAGUCACAUGGACUCUAUGUAAAUCUCUGAUCCUAGUAUCACAGGGGUCAUGAACUGCAUUUGCAAAGUUCUCUGAAGUCAUCUUAUAAUGUCAAGAUUUUACAUCACAAAACAUCCUAAGAAGUAUAAUCUAUUUUUCAUCCUACUUUUGACCUCUUUGAAACACGCAGUUUUUAUAGACAUGUUACAGUCAAGACUUGGAAGUAAAGGCCCACUGCUACGAUUGGGUAACAGUUUGCAUAUAAAAAUAUUUUCCAUCAUCUCUGCUAAAUUUGAAAAUACUACAAAUAUAUAAUUAAAAAUGAAGUUAAUCUACACAGCAAAAUUCCCAGUGUUAAAUUAACACUCCUUGUGUACAUAUAGGCAGAGGUGGGAAAUCCAGGGGCCAAAGAGUAAAAGUCCUGCCGUAUGUUUAUUCCACCCAUGAACUCAGUCAGCUGACUUCACUAAUUAGUUCUCUCUCUCCUGUCUGAAUUUGCA